CUGAAAUCUACCAUUUGGACGAAGCAAGCCGAAGCAGCAACAUGGGCCAAGGUGCGUCGCUUGUCAAGACGAUCGUCGCCGACUCGCGCGAGCUCGUGCGCAUGACCAACAAGGACGCGUACAUGGCGCAGUACAAGGCCUACGCGGAGGCGACGGCCAAGCUCGAUGCGGCCAAGAAGCAGAACGCGCUGCUGCAAGAACAGCUCGAGAAGACAAAGAACCAUGCGUAUGCGCAGUCGGAAGCAUUCCAGAGGCAGAAGCUCGAGAUGGACAAGCAAAUCGACAAGUUUGUGAGUUUGCACUCGAUCGGCCACGACGUGCGCGAGCGCCACGAGCAGAUUCUGGACCAGAUCAAGAAGACCACCAAGUAGACUAAUAACACCGAAUCACGCAGGGUGCUUGAUGCAGCCUGUGUCCAUGAGUGUGGCUUCUA